CACAACUUAAGCUAGCUAGCUAUAUGCUACCUUCGAUGCUACCGUUCAGUGUGGUUGUGGGCAUUAGGACGGAUGCAUGUUUAUGUAGGUGUUGUUGUUGUUAUGAGACGUCGUUGCGGGGUAAGAGGUCGAAGGCUAGAGGUCAAGGGGUGUGGCGAUAACAUCAUCGAUACGCAAGCAUGCAGCUUCGCCGUCCAAACGAAGCCGCGAGGGCGGCGUUUUUGAAUUUUCUUUCUUCAGGCAGUGCGUUUACAGACUUCGUUAGGACGAAAUGACCAAAAAGCGUUUCCGUGUGGAUGGCCUCUAAGAUGCAUGUUAGCAUGCUGACGCUAACAUUUAGCUCGAAGCAGCACUGUGCCUAAGUAAACACUAACAGAGACGCUAGCAUGGCUGUAGGAAAGUAAUAUUGUUAGAUCCUUGAAGAGAAAAAAAAAACGUGUACAGAAAUAGAGAAAAAAGUAAAAAAAAAAAAAAAAACUUAAAAAAUAACUUAAAAAAAGAGAUUUUUGUUUUUUAGUAAUCGUUUUGUGACCCCUUGGGUUAAUCUCACAACCCCUUGUGGUGGUCCCAAGCCCAAGGUUGGGUACCACUGACCUAAAACAUAUUUAAAAUGUAGUCUAGCAUUAUUCUUUUUGCAAAUACAUUUGCUUUCACUGAAGACUCUUGUGGUUGGAAGCUCAGCUUCCAACCACAAGAGAAGACUCAGCCGACCAUAGCUCUGUCAGUGGGGAAUUCAACAAGGAUCAAUGAAUAUCCACAACACUUUCAUAUCACAAGUCCAUUGUUUCCGUAAUGUCAAUGAUACCAGACUUCAAAGACCAGGACCUUCACAGGAAAGAUGAGGAUCAGAGUGAGUGCGAUACCGCCAUCAAUGACAUGCCUUGCCCACGCGCUGCAUCCUUGUCCAUUCGCGCUGGCUCCAGCAAUUGUGACUAGUGUUCUGGUUGCGUGGAAACUAAAAGACUGCACUGUCGAAGCAUUUCCAGUGGCGGGUGGUGUUUGCCAGAGCGGCUCUCAGCACAAGUUUAACGAGCUGCAAGAGGACCUGAUGGAAGCGAACCAAGAUAUUGACCGAACCGCCUUUCGCGCGGCGCUCUGAUCUGCUGGACCAUUUCAUUGCUGGGCAAUUGCUGAGAAACGCACCAUGAAAAGGAGAGGGAAAGCGGCAAAAACGCUCAACAGCUACUGGGGAGGUUGAUGUGGACUUCACCUCCUGCGCCCAGGUGGUCCUUCCUGGAGCAUGCCCAUAUCCAACGAUGUCCCUACUUGCAGACUGGUUACUGCGCCACUCAGUGGUCAUGUGUUUGCUGCUGCACAGCCUGGUGCUAAUGACCUUCUGCUUCCACCAUGCUGCCACCAGUUGCUCCAAGAGCUGCUACUGCUCUGAGAGCGAUAGCGGCGGCAAGACAGUGCGCUGCAGCAACCUGCAGCUCACAGAGAUCCCCCAGGAUAUCCCCAAUGACACACAACGCAUCUACCUGGACUUCAACCUCUUCACUACAGUCCCAACAAAUGCUUUUACAGGUUUGCCCUACCUGGUUGAACUGGAUCUAUCCCACAAUGAACUAAGCCAGUUAGAACCAGGUGCAUUCAGAGGCCUGGGCUCCACACUACAGUUCCUAGACCUUUCUUCUAACAAGUUAGUCAACUUUACCCCUGAGGCCUUCGAGGGCCUGCGGUCUCGCGCCAACCUAACAAACAAUCCCUGGCAUUGUGACUGCAACUUGCAGAUGGCCAUGCCCCGUGUGGACCUGGAGCCUGCGUCACUGACGGGCAUCGUGUGCCAGACUUCAGAUCCAAAGGAAAUAGGAGUUCAAGGACUUGCCUUCCUGUUGGCUCCAGACAUAGACCUAUGUGUGGUGAUGAAGAGGACUACAGAUGUGGCCAUGCUGGUCGUCAUGUUCGGCUGGUUCACCAUGGUCAUCUCCUACCUGGUCUACUAUGUCAGGGCUAAUCAGGAGGACGCCCGCAGGCACCUGGAGUAUCUUAAGUCGUUGCCCGGCAAACAGGGCAGGUCAGAGGAGUCCUCCACCAUUAGUACUGUGGUAUAGGGCUGAGGGAGCUAAAUGUGGGACCUGAAGUGGUAGCCCACACCAAAUAGGAUGGAGCUACAAGCACCAACCACACGGUCAGCAUCAGUCUCAGAUGGUUUUGCUCAGCUGUUGUCACGGAGCCAAGGUGAGCAACAAGACAUGUGCAUCAGCACAAGAAAACCAGGCCGAUGCAACCUAGCCCAGAUGAAUAAUUCAUCUUUCAGCGACCCAUUAGGAGGCUUUUUUGGAUGAGUUGAUGGUCUAGUCUGUGCGCUGAGGGAGUAAAAGCAGUGGCAUGUUUUUGGCGAACUCCAAAUAUGGGAUACAAAUGGGAUUUAUCCAGUGGUGCAUGCCCCUAGAUGCACCUCGCUCACAAACAGACAAUUACAGACCAGCAAUAUGAACAAUUGGAAAAGGCGACACUAGAAUGAGGAACUCCAUGUACAACUGUUUUUCCAUUAAAGCCCUUACAGUAGUCACCAGUAUUAAGUAAAUGAUGUUUUCCAAUUAAA